GCGUCUCCGUUCUCCAGCCAGCAGCUCUCUCAUAACAUAACUUAUCCUCGCACACUCGAUAGUCCAGAUAGACAAUGGCAGAAAGGGGGCCAACAGCGACAGCCACGGCGAACAAGAUGGCCAUGUCCCGCGCGCUCGGGGCGGCGUUUCUCAGCCACCAGGUCGAGCAGCUCGAAAAGUCCGUAGGAGGUGGCGCCGCUUCCGGGAGGUGGAGGGAUAGGCGCCAGGGGCAGAUGGACCUCGGCCAAGGGCAAGCACAGGUGCAAGGACAGCAAGGCCAGGGCAGGCGCGGAGGGGGAGGUGGCGGGGGGAUGAUCACGCAUGGGCCUAAGCGGCCGGUGCAGCGCAGGAGCCCAGAUCGACAGGAGCAGUUCGAGGUGAGGAAGCCCAGGCGCUCGAACGAGGACGGCCCGAGGGGGCAGGCCGAUAGGGACACGCAGGCGGACUUGGUUGUCGUCGAUGCGAGUGUGCUCGUGCAUGCGCUGCACCAGGUGAAGAAGUGGUGUCGGGACGGGCGAAGCGAGAUCGUCAUCGUGCCCCUUGAAGCUCUUAACACUCUGGACCUUCUCAAGAAGGGCACAUCCCUGCUCGCGCAGCGUGCCCGUGCUGCUUCGCGCAUCUUAGAGGCACAGGUCGGGACGAACCCCCGUAUCAGGGUGCAGCGCGACGACGCCUACGUUCCCUGGGACAAGAUCUCCUUCCACGACGCUCCGUUCGAGGACGAAACCAACAACACCAACGCCGCCGCCGCGAAGGACAAGCCACCCCCGUCGCCCCACCUCCUCUCCGCAUCGCCCGAGUGGGUCCGCCGCAUGAUCUGCUGCGCCCGCUGGGAAGCCGACAACGCCAAAGACACGCUCAAGCUCGCCGCGGACAGACGGGGCGCCGGCUCUGCACCUCGCGUCGUUCUCGCUGUGUCUAACCCAAACCCCACCCCGAAUCCGGUUGGCGGCCAGAUGCCGUCCCCCGUACAGCAGGCGCACGCAGGUUCUCCGAAGAGCGGCGAACAGCCCGCUGCUUCCUCGCCUGUGCCGCUCCCUGCGCCGCAACCGCAUGCGCACAAGUACGAGCCCCGCUCGUCCGGGACGCUCAUCGCCCAUUGGGCGGCGCGCGCUGGGAUCGAGUUGCUCGAGAUCGAGGCGGCAUCGGGCGCUGGUGCUGGUGGAGGCGGUGGAGGCGGUAGCGGCGGGGUGCCCGUGCCGCAUCACCAAAAUCUCAAUGUUCGCGGGGCCGGCGACGACGAAGAUAGGACUGGUGGUGGCGGUGGCGGCAAGCGCCAGCUGAACUUCAAGGGCCCGAGGCGCCCCUCUCACGGCUCGGCCGCUCCGAAUGUGGGCGCUGCGCACGGUCAUGGUCACGGUCAUGGUCACGGACAUGGUCACGGCGGUGGAGGAGGAGGAAGUGGAGGACUCGUCGAGCGCCCGCCGUCGGUGAUGCAGAUGAUGGAGAUGGUCUCGCAGCCGAGCAAGGUCGUGCGCGUGCUCGCGCGCGGCGAGAAGCUUGAGCCCGAUUCUUGAUCGCUGGGAUCGAGCAUGCUUAUAGCGAUAACAACAGCAAGUAACAAAGCACCCUUUACGAGGUGUUCUCGAGUGUUCCAGGUCGCCCGGGGCAUCAUCCGUCUGCAUAUCUGUCGUUGCGGACGGGUGUCGUCUGGGAUGACCCAGAUGAUGAUGGACGCAGGUGUUCUGUGCGCGUGCAUGCUGGCGUGGCGUCGGUUGCGUGUUUUAGAGCAGCGGCCGGGCAGCAGCACCUGCGUAUCAUCAAAAUGACAAGACAAUAUGAAGGUUGUAGGCGGUAGGCGGUUGGUUGUGUGGUUUAUCACCACGGCUGCUGCUGCUCGAAAGGUAUCCCUCUCUCCGGCUCACGACACGAUGACAUUUGUCUCUCGCUUUUUCUCCCGCUGUCUCAUGUCGCACGUCUGUCCGUCUGUCUGUCUAUCUCGUCGGGAUCCUUCCCAACUGCCCAUGUCAUAUUCCAUGUGUCCUGUCCCGCACCCUUUCUAUGUCUAUGUCUACUUGUACGUCUGCAUCCUGCCUUUUUCUUUAAAGCUGCCGCGAGGAAUCGAUCACUGGUGUGGGUGGCAGGCGUGGACGAAGGCGCGGACAGACACCCUUUUCCUUUUUUUUCUUAUAAAAAAUUUUUACUAUGUGAAAAGUCUACGUAUCUGUAUGAUGUUUGUUUGACUUGUCCAAGUCUCGAUCCAUGUAUGCAUCUUCCUUAUAUUAUCUUGUUUUUUGUGGUUCGU